AUGAAGUUGAAAUUCUCUAAUGCUGCUCUUGUUCUAUUAAUCGCAUCACUGUCUCUUUUUAGCUUGAUUGUAGCAGCUUCUGACUUGAACUCGGACCAACAAGCUCUAUUGGAGUUUGCUUCUUCUGUUCCACACGCACCAAGGCUCAACUGGAAUGACUCGUCUUCAAUUUGCACCUCAUGGACUGGUGUGACGUGCAACUCAAACCGAACUCGUGUUGUAGGCAUCCAUCUUCCAGGAAUCGGAUUAACUGGUUCGAUUCCGGAGAACACUAUAGGAAAACUAGACUCUCUUAGAGUUCUAAGCCUUCAUUCCAAUGGUCUUAGAGGGAAUCUUCCUUCUAACAUCCUUUCCAUUCCUUCACUCCAAUUCGCACAUCUGCAGAAAAACAACUUCUCAGGUUUAAUUCCUUCUUCCGUCUCUCCUAAACUAGUCGUUUUCGAUAUUUCCUUUAACUCCUUCUCUGGUAUUAUACCAUCUGAGUUUCAGAACCUGAGAAGACUCACUUGGUUUAAUCUCCAAAACAAUUCUAUAUCUGGUCCUAUCCCCGACUUCAACCUCCCAAGUCUCAGAUACUUGAAUUUGAGCAAUAAUAACUUGAACGGUUCGAUUCCAAAUUCCAUCAAAACAUUCCCGUCUACUUCUUUUCUUGGAAACUCUCUCUUAUGCGGUCCACCUCUUCUCAGUAAUUGCUCUUCAAUCUCUCCUUCUCCAUCUCCUUCUCCCGCACUCACGCAAAACCAAAAAGAUACGACGGCCCGUAAGAAAAGCUUUGGCAUAGCAGCUAUACUUGCUCUAGUCAUUGGAGGAAUCGCCUUACUAUCUCUACUGGUGUUAGUGUUCUUUGUAUGCUUCUUGAAGAAGAAAAACAAUAAAAGAAGCGGCAUACUGAAAGGAAAAGCUUCUUCUUGUGCUGGAAAGACCGAAGUUUCGAAGAGUUUUGGAAGCGGAGUGCAGGCUGCUGAAAAGAACAAGUUGUUUUUCUUUGAAGGUUCUUCAUAUACCUUUGACCUUGAAGAUCUACUAAAAGCUUCAGCUGAAGUUCUCGGUAAAGGGAGCUACGGUACAGCGUACAAGGCGGUUUUGGAGGAGGGGGUGACAAUGGUGGUUAAAAGGUUGAAGGAAGUUGUGGUUGGAAAGAAGGAGUUUGAACAACAGUUGGAUAUCGUCGGGAGAUUCGGACGCCACCCUAAUGUUAUGCCGCUUAGAGCUUAUUACUAUUCGAAAGACGAGAAACUUUUGGUUUACAAUUACAUGCCAGGAGGCAGCUUGUUUUUCUUGUUGCAUGGAAACAAAGGCGCAGGAAGAACACCAUUUGAUUGGGAUUCAAGAGUAAAAGUCGCACUCGGAACAGCUAAGGGAAUUGCUUUCAUUCACUCAGAAGGAGGUUCAAAAUUUACACACGGAAACAUAAAAUCAACCAAUGUACUAAUAACACAAGAACUCGAUAGCUGCAUUUCUGAUGUUGGACUCCCUCCUCUGAUGAACGCGCCAGCAACAAUGUCUAGAGCAAACGGAUACCGAGCACCAGAGGUAACCGAUUCCAAAAAGAUCACGCAGAAGUCCGACGUCUACAGCUUCGGCGUGCUGCUACUUGAAAUGCUAACAGGAAAGACUCCACUGAGAUAUCCUGGUUAUGAAGAUGUUGUCGAUCUUCCGAGAUGGGUUAAGUCCGUUGUGAGAGAGGAGUGGACAGCUGAAGUAUUUGAUGAAGAACUUCUUAGAGGACAAUAUGUAGAGGAGGAAAUGGUUCAGAUGCUUCAGAUUGCUCUUGCGUGUGUCGGUAAGACGCCCGAUAUGAGGCCGAGAAUGGAUGAAGCUGUUAGAAUGAUAGAGGAAAUUAAACAUCCUGAGUUUAAGAACAGGACAUCCUCGGAGUCUGAAUAUUCUAAUCUGCAAACACCAUAA